AUGCGCAUGCGCUGUGGCAAUCCGUUGCAAACUUGCAAUCCGGUAGCCCGUCACGAUAGGGUACAAAGUCAACGCGUGAAAAAGAUGAUCUCUUAGGAAUCAACGUACGACUGUACUUCUUAUUUUUGUUUCAUGUUAUAGAACUGCCUUGCUAGUUGUUGUAUUAUUAGGGCUGCCUUGUGUGGGUUUCCUCUGAUAUUGAGACAGAAGCUUGCUGUGUGACUUACGAGGAGUUUUUCCUUUCUGUCCUGAGCACCAUCAAGUGCGAUAAUGCCAGGUGAACAGCAACAACAGCAACCACCAAAUAACCCGUUGAGACAGCAGUUGUUGGAUGGACUUCUUACCAAACUGCAAUCCGCUAUCAACCAGCAACGACUAAACUUGGAUUAUUUAGAGUUCUUGACUCGUCAUCACCUCAUUCUCUUUGAAUCAUACUCUGAACAGACAGGUGGUUUAUCAGAAAUUACAGAAGCUCUACAAAAACUCCAUCAUGCUGUUGAGUGGGAAAAUAAUGUCAGUUCUACACCCACUGUGGAACAGGAAGUGGAAGUUAGUUCAGGUCCUGGUCACCCCAAAACUGUAAUAGAGAGAGAAAAACUAUAUAGUUUGCUAGACACACAUCUACCUGUCUCCUCCAUUGCAAAAUGCCUUGGUGUUUCGAGGAGAACGCUUUACAGAAGAAUGCAAGAAUUUGGCUUAUCUGUAAGAGGGUCAUACAGUACAGUGACAGACGCAGAGCUUGACAGCAUUAUUUCAGAUAUUAAAAGUCAGAUGCCAAAUGCUGGUUAUCGAAUGGUUCAAGGUCGUUUGUCUUCAAUGGGCCACCGCAUUCAAUGGUGGAGAAUGAUGGCCUCCAUGCAUCGUGUUGAUGGUGAUGGGAUCCUCUCACGGUUUAUAGCGCAAGGGUGUGUUGUGGGAAGAAGUUCUGCUAUGCGAGACCCUCUCUCUACGGUUCACAUCGACACAAAUGACAACCUCGCAAGGUUGUUUUCAGGAGAUUCCAAGUCAAACUUCAAUCGGGGUAAAAAAAGGUCUUUGACUGCCACCAACCAUAAUGCUAAGAUAAACAGUAAGGCUGUUGCUUUCAAAUUUUAUCUGCUCCCAAAAAAUACAUUGAGCACACCGUUGCCUGUUGAGGAGCUUGAACUCCUUCAGGCGGGCAUGGGGGAACAAAUGGUGAGCCUUCCUGAAAAUGGUGACCACACAGAGAUUUCCAGGCUCUUGGCUGAAACAUUUCCAAAAAUGGAGGGUCUUUGUGGAGGGUGGCUUUUGCAUAAGGCCAAAGGUGGGAGUGGUCGACGGAAACUGAUUGCCAUUCCACUUGAGGCAGAGGGCUAUACCACCAAAGGUCUGCGAGCCAUGGCAGCAGGCGGCCAACCCACUUUUUACAUUGUACCGCUUCAGGAGACAUUAGACACCGCUCCUCUUCCUCCCAACUCAUCUCAUUUCUCCAAAAUGCCAAAGACGGCAUGUUACCAGUGCAAUAAAUUGAUGCCUUUCCAGAUGCUUGCAGUGCACAUUAAGACAUGCAAGGAGAAUCUGUCUGACGAUGAUGAUGAGAGUGAUGACGAGUCCUCUGAUGACACAUGUGUUGUGGAGAGCAAGUGUAAGGUGGUUUGUCCAAUCUGCAACAAAGAAUUCCCAGAGGAUGAGAUCAAGGUCCAUGCUACUCUAUGUGGAGAGCGCUUUGAACAUACACCGACUUGUGUACCAAAUGACAGUAGUCCAAGUAGAAGUGGUCACACUACAGUGUCUAAACCAAAAAGUUUGGAGGAUGUACUGCUCUUCCUCACACAACAAAUCGACACCACAUCGGAAUUUAAACUGUGUGUGGAUAGAGAAGACCUACUUGACAGGGGCCUUAGACAAUGGAAAAGGAGGAAAACUGCAUCUCCUGCAAGUGUUCUGAAGGUGGUCUAUAUAGGAGAGGCAGACAUUGACACAGAAGCAAUUAGAAAAGAGUUUCUGACUGAAAUGAUUUCAGGUAUUGAAAAGAGAUUUUUUGAAGGAGCUGGGACCCAGGGAAAAACCCCCAAAUACUCUUUGACUGACCUCGAUAAUGAUAAUUUCAGAACUAUCGGUGAAAUAAUGGCAGUCAGUCUUGCACAAGGUGGCCCACCUCCUGCGUUUUUGAAAGAGUGGUGCUACAAUUUCCUCUGCCUGGGAGAAAUUUACUGUCAGUCUCUGUCUAAGGAUGAUGUGACUGAUUCAGAGUCCUGUGUACUCAUCAGCAGGGUCGAAGAUUCUACAGAUGUCCAGUCUCUGAUGAUCUAUGCUGAUAAAAUUAUCAACUGUGGAUACACCAGCCAGAUCAAACUGGACUGCAAAGAAAGAAUCAUUCAAGCCAUUGUCAAACAUUCUGCAACAAGAGUGAUUCCAAUGCUGCAGCAACUAAGAAAGGGCAUGGAACUAUAUGGCCUGGUGAACCAGAUGGCAUCAAACCCUGCAGCUUGCCAUUCCUUGUUUGUUCCUGGGAAGAUCACCGAACCUGAUGCCGAUUUCAUGAUGAUGAAUUGCCAGCCACAUUACAGUGAAAAGGGAACAUCCAAUGAAAGAGCUGAAAGGAAGGUGAUCAACUUCCUUCAAGAUUUCUUAGAAGAGCUUGAAAUGCCAGAUGGGGAGACAGACAGUGCAGCUGGCGACACAGAACCUCUUACGGUGCCACAUGUCCUACAGUGGAUGACUGGGCAAUCCCACAUCCCUGUCCUGCCUGACGAAAGGAGACAUUUCAAAAUAACAUUUAACUUUGACCAUAAAUGCAGGGAAAGGCUUGGAGACCACUUGGUGUGUUACCCAAUUGGUAUGGUUAUUCCAUCCUUGGAUGAAGGUGUCAAGGUCAGCCUGGAGUCGAGGGACAAAGAUGUGCACUACAUAAGCGAUAUUAAGCAGACCAUCUACCUCCAAAGAGUGGUGGACAUCAUGGUACAGGUCAACUCAUCAUGGCACAGAAAAAGAUUUUGAGCCCAGAAAAAUAUAUUGAGCGAGCAGUUAAAGGUUUUGAGCAAACAAUGAUAAAUUUUGAGCACAGAAAAUAUAUUUAGGACUGAGCAAAAAAAAAAAUCUGUGCUCCAAAGUAGUGUUUGCAUGUUAUUUUUACCUGCAGAGGGGUAAACACCAUUUUUAAUUUUAAAGUGAAUUUCUUUUGCAUCAUACGGACUUGGGAGAAAGAAGAAGGUGUCAUCCAUCACAUGAGACAAUAAUCAGAGCAGGUAAAACUAUUUUUUUGCUUAAUAUAUUUUUCGGUCCUCAAAAUCUACAUUUACUCGCUCAAUAUAUUUUACUGUGCUCAAAAUCUAUCGUUGCUCGCCCAGAAUUGUGGCACAAAUCAAGGGCGUAGGUUUGCAUAGGGAGGGUAGGGACAUAACGCUACCAACUGUUUAGGAUGCUGAAGUUGUCCCCACCAACUUUUAAGCAACUUUAUUUGCAUUAGAGUAUAUAAUGACUUCACUUAUAUAGAUAGUUUAGAAAAACCCACCACCUCUUUAAAACUGGGGGAGGGGGCUUAAAUUCCCUUGUUUUCAAUGUAUAUACCAGAAAUAAUAAGUGAAAUUAUCUGCCAGUGCUUCAAGUCAAUUUUACUCAGAUUUCUUGAAAUAACAAAAUAGCUAGCUCAAAAUAAGCUUGACACUUAUUUUAAGCAACCCUAAUCCUAAUCAUAAAAAAAACUUGAAAUGUUCUUACCUCAAGAAGGGUUAUUGUUCAAACAUUGUUUGAAAGCAUUUUUUUCUUGAUUUAGGUGAGAAACGACCAAGUAUGGGCUUAACGAAAAAAUUGUCAUAUUUACUUAAAAGUAAAUGGAAGAAUCUGACGCAUUAAUGUUAACUAGCCUUUAACACUCAAAACAAGAUGGAGAAAAUUAUUCGACUAGAUUUAAGAAAAAUUGUCAGAUUAAGAUGUUAAAAAUGUGCAGUGUGAAAGUUAGUAUAAAUCAAUAGAUUUAUUUUGCAUUAAUCGUUUAGCCUAUCAACUAACUACCGGUAUCAUUAUUAAUGUCUUGUCCCUGCAUUAAUCAUUUAGCCUAUCAACUACCGGUAUCAUUAUUAAUGUCUUGUCCCCAGCAAAAAGUGUACAUGCAGGUUAGGCUGUUAUAUCGCCCCUACCAAUAUUGAGACCAAACCCACGCCCUUGGAAAAAAUGUUAUUCCAUAAAAACUCAUCUCCGGGCUUUCCUCUUGGACUGAAACACCAAUAAGUGCCACAAGAUAGCGCCCGAUUUCCGUCUUUGAGAAAGCGCUUGUGCUUUAGCGCCACCUUCUGACACCAUUUGUCAAACUAUUUUGGGGUGCUACCAAUUGCUCCGGAUUUUCACAAUUCGUGGGCCCUACAACAAUAGCCUUGUAUUAGCGGGCGAGCAUGAGAAGAGCUUAGGCGUGUCAGACGCUGGCUCAACUGCCCCCCUUACCCCCGUCCCUUCUCUAUGUUCAUCUGUCACCCUGAAGCCUCCUUCAGUUGGGUAAUACAACACCAAGCUGGGUACCAACUGCACACACACGCACACACAUAUGUGUGUAGUAGUGCUGAUCAAAGACAUAAACAGUACCGGCCUCCCAGCAAUCCCUUCUCCAACAUCUCGGGAAAGAUAUUUAACCCCUACUGAGCUUCCCGCCUCCCCUCAGACUGGCCAGGCUCCACUUUUCCUGAGGAUUGAUAAGCAAAACAAGCACUCAUUCCAAUUCUGUCACAUCAGAGCUCCACUAUAAACAGUGUUGUUAAUCUUACUUUAAAAAAGUAAUUAAUUACAGUUACAAAAAAUCCUUUCCCAAAAACUAAUUGUGUUAGUAACUCAAGUUACCCGAAUGUAAGAGUAAUUAGUUACUUGGCAAAGUAAAUGGUGAUAAUUUUCAUGUUUUGUUUUGUUUUUUUCUUUCGAAAGAAAAAAAAAAGGUUUUUGGGACAAUUGGCCCUAGCCCAAUUCUUUACCCUAAACUUAACUAGACACAUGGGUAUUGCGG